AUGUCGAUUCCGCCUAGACAUGAUCUAACUACUUCUCAAGGUAAGGCCAGGAGUGAGCAUUACAUAAAGUACUUGAUCAAGGAAGAAAAGCAAUACUAUGGAGCUGAAGCAUUGUUCAUCACUCAUCCAUUACAAGAGACUUUCCUGGCAGCACGCAGAUUCUUCUUGGGAGUUUGUGGGAAGUCCAUUAUCUCAGUGGAACCACCAUAUAUGCUGCACAGUUCAUGUUUGAAAAGUUCUAUGCCGACAAUAGUACGAAACCUCCCACGGUUGGUUGUGGAGUACUUUCCGGAUGCUUCAGAGUACGAGAUGAAGUACACAGAGAUCGGUUCACUAUUACUGAAACAAAUGGCUAGAGAAGAUUUUGAUGCACCUAUAGCUACGAGUAAGCCAUCUGCCCUAGCUCUUGUAGCAACAUCCAUGAUAGCAUCAUAUCCUGAUCCUCCCGUGUUCAGCACCGACAACGUAUUGAAUGUCAACGAGGUUGAUUUCCAGAGGUAUGUAGAAAUGAUGCAAGGGAAUUGA